AUGAUUGAUAGUUGCAAUCUCAUGGAUAUUGGAGCUAAAGGGCCAACCUACACUUGGAGUAACCGUCGUGUUGGUAGUGCGAAUAUCCGGAUCCGAUUAAACAGGGCCUUGGCUAAUAUUGCUUGGAGGAGGAGAUUCACAGAGGCUAAAGUAUUUGUCAAACCGGCCAUUGGGUCGGACCAUAACCCCCUCCUUGUUGAUACUGAGGGUGGAAGGAUUCGUGGCUCGAAACCUUUUCGAUUCGAAGCCAUGUGGCUGCGACACCCGCAAUGCAUGAGUGUGGCAAACCAAGCAUGGCACAUUCCGUUAGUAGGAGAGAAUCACACUCAACUUUGGAAAAGAAUGGAGAACUGUAAGGAGGUGUUCAAGUGCUGGAAUGCCGAUGUCUUUGGCAAUAUUCAAACUAAUAUCCGGAGGCUUCAGGAGGAGUUAGAGUAUCACCCGAGCCUUCCGGCUCCAGCGUAUUCUCAAGAGAAGGUAAAUAUGAUUUUUGAGCAUCUGGCGAAGGAGAUGGCCAAAGAAGAAGUCAUGUGGUUAUAG